AGCGGACGCGACCGCGAACGUACGCUCAGCGCAUCGCACCCGCACUGCGUACAUACCGCUGCACUAUUCACUUACCGCAAUUUAGUGACAUUCGCGCUGUUUACAAUUCAUAAAUAAAUAAACUGUGAAAGCAAAAACGUGUGAACAUUUGCGCCGGAGCUGUACGUAGAAAUGAGAGUCCAUCGAAAACUGGAACAGACAAGAAGAAAAGUCAUAAGCCUCAGAUGAGGAAAGAGAAUGAGCGCGAAGAGAUGAGAAAAUAAAAGACAUUCGGUCUCCUUAUCUUAUGAAACUGUCCCUUCCAAGAACUACAGCGCUUCCUCUUUAUCAUAGAAAAAAUAAUCAGUACAAAUUUCAAAACCCAAGUGCCUCUAUUUCAGUACAGAUUUUAUAAAUAGUAUUUUAAUAUCUAGAGUAUCGACAGUGAAUAUUGUUAUCUUAUCGACAUAUAAGCAAAUGUAUGUAAAAUAUAUGUUGAACAAUACAAGGAUAUACACUAUGUUGAGGAGAUAAACUCUGAAAAUAAAUCAUAUAACUGUCGGAUUGAGUUACUAAGGUGGGAAGUUAUCGGAGAUUUUUGAGAACGAGUUAAUAACUGGUAUUCGAAGAUGUCUCACGGCGCGGUGAAGAGCUCAAGGAAUGGCAAUGGCGUGCAGUCGGCGCAGGGAGGACAAGCAGAGCAGGGUGAGAGCUCCCGUGAGGGCUCCCAAAGCCUGCCGCCGCCACCUGACGGAGGCUGGGGAUGGGUCGUCGUCUUCGCUUCCUUCAUGAUUCAUAUCAUCACCGACGGCAUGACCUAUUCGUUCGGCGUAUUCUAUGCAGAGUUCCUGACCUACUUCGAUGAGGGCAAAGGCAAGACCGCGUGGAUCGUCUCUAUCCUUGUCGGGGUCACGUUAAGCUCGGGUCCAAUAUCAAGUUCCUUCGUGAAUCGUUGGGGAUGUCAGAAGGUGACAAUUGCCGGCGCCUUGCUAUCCGCCACCUGCGUGAUUGCAUCUGCAUGCGCCGGCAACAUUCUCACUCUUAUCUUUACAAUCGGAGUUGGGACCGGGCUGGGCUUCGGUCUCAUUUAUUUGCCGGCUAUAGUUAGUGUAACUGUUUGGUUCGAGCGGUAUCGCAGUCUUGCUACAGGGAUCGCUGUAUGUGGGUCGGGUUUGGGGACAUUCUUGUUCGCGCCAAUCACAUCCAGUCUGAUAUCCAAUUAUGGAUGGCGCGGGGCGAUGGCCAUCAUCGGAGCUUUAAUUCUCAACUGCAUACCACUAGGACUGAUGUUCAAAGCGGUUCCAGAACCGCCUAAAACGCCAGCAUCGGAGCCUAUGUUGGUAAAAUCUAAGAAAUCUCCGCUCAAACGUUCACAAAGCUCCGAGAAUGUAGCGAGAGCUAAUGGAAAGAAUGAGGAGAAUGAUGUUGCCAGACUCACACUUUCUCAGCCAGCAUUGAAUAAGCCGAAUGAUUUGAAGCAUCAAUCACACUCCCGGCACGGCAGCGGCAUCAUGUUGCGACCGGAUGUUUUGUACCAGGGCAGUAUGACGAGUCUCGCAAGAUUCAGGGGAACUUCUCCGGAAAGAGUAGUACUAAGAGAGCCAUCAGAAGCACCCGUGCAAAGAUGUGGCUGGCUCCCAUGCUCGGAGGAAUUCAAAGACGCUCUAUCAGAAAUGCUUGACUUAUCUCUUUUAAUAGAUCCAAUUUUUAUAUUAUUUUCACUUUCUAACUUUUUAACUAGUAUUGGUUUUUAUAUACCGUACGUAUACACUGUUCCUAUGAGUGAGAAAUUAGGAAUAGCAAAUCCAGCUUACUUAAUAUCUAUAAUUGGUGCCUCUAAUUUAGUGGGAAGGAUUAUUCUUGGGUAUAUAAGUGAUAAGCCAUGGGUGAACCGAUUAUUGGCUUACAACUUGUGUCUUACGAUAGCCGGUAUAAGUACUGGCUUGGCGAUGGCAUGCUGGGAAUUUUGGGGUCUAGCGUUAUAUGCGACAACGUUUGGCUUCACUAUUGGUGCUUACGUAGGAUUGACAUCCGUGGUACUGGUAGAUCUACUCGGCAUUGAGAAACUAACCAACGCAUUUGGUCUGCUGCUGUUGUUUCAAGGGAUUGCUUCAUUGAUAGGACCACCUUUUGCAGGUUGGCUUUAUGAUCAACUGAACUCAUACGCGCCUGGCUUCUACGUAGCCGCGGGCACGAUAUCUUUAAGUGGAAUCAUUCUAUUCCUCAUUCCCGUCAUUGAGAAACGUAACAAUAGAAAAAGAUGGAACCAGGAAACUGUCAUGGAAGAGAUAUAGCAGGAAGCUGUAAGAGGGACGCGACACGACUACCCUGUAAUCGUGCUGAACAGUCCCUCUACUCCAUCAUACACGGGGUCUACUGAGGACACCUACAGCAACAGGGUAUAUACAACUACAGUUGUAAGAGACACUACUAGUAAUGAAUAUUUUUAUGAUGAUUACGAUUACGAAGACCACGGAGGUGGUGAUGCCGAAUACGAUAAACUCUUUAGUGUUAGUCGUACAACUCAUUCCAAAGAUAAUAUAGAGAGUGACUGUUUAUGAAUGUUUAGGUGUAAAGAGGAAAGGUACAAUCUGAACUCUUAAGUGAUUAAUCGAUUAUGUUUCAGUUACUGUAAUAUUGUGAAUAAUUGUAAAAAUACCAUAAAAUGAUUAAAUAUAUUUAUGUAUAAAGUGAUACAUUUAAAAUGAAACCUGUAAUGUUACCUAUUUAUCUAGUCGAUAUAUAUUGAAUAAUCAAUGAAAUUCAUGCAACAAAUCAGGUUCAAAACCGAUGUGCACAAUAAUUGUAAUUAAUAAUACAUUUUUGAUACAAAACAAUACUGCAAAUUUUACACUUCUGUAUACUUAUAUCACCAGCUUGUGAAUUCUACUUUUAGACAUUAAAUACACAGAUUUAUUCAAGAAUAUACAUUGCGCAUUUAUACAGAAUUCUAUACAUUAAUUUAAAUGUACAAAAUUAAUAUAAAUAGCAUAAAUUAAAAUCUGUUCUUCUGAUUGUAAUAUACAAUUAAAUAUAAUAUUUCAAUUUAUACAUUCAUAAAAUUAAAGCUAAAAUAACUGUGAUAUGUGCGCCAUACAUAUUUGAGUUUUGUUAUGCUAAUAGUAAGAAACUUUUCUUUUGACUUGCCCUUAUUUUUAAGAUAAUAUUUGUUCAUUCACAUUACAUUCUCCUUAGAAUGUUUAUUCACAGAAAGGACUCUAUGCAUGGUAUAUAUUUUAACAUUAUAUGUACGUAGUUAUCUUAUAUAUAAUCUACUUCCAAAUGGCCUUAACAUGGACCAACAAAUUAGAUCCAGAUAUCUGUAUAAUGAGAAACUUUAAAAUUAGUUAUGAACUUUCAAAUUUAGUACCUCAUUUGGUUUUCCCAAAAUAAAAAAAAAUCUUACUUUUAUAAUACUGUCCAAAGUACAUAUUUAGUCUGUUAAAUAAAACUUUGACUGUAAUUUUAAGCCUUAUACAAUCGAAAAUAUUUUUAACGUAAAUAUUAAUACUAUAACAGGAUCCAUCGCUCAACCUAUUUCUCUUUAACUGUACAUAAGUAUAAAAUUUAAUAAAAGAAAGCAAAAAAACUUCUAUGUACUUUAUAUUAUAAUAAAAAUCCUUCCAAAAUUGUAAAAAUUUCACCAGAAAUAGCACGAAGUUGAACAUGAAAAUUCAAAACAAAUGACUUUUACAUAAAAAAAACAUGUACUUUUCAGACUUCUUAAGAAAUAAUAAAACAAAAAUUUUGUAAAUACACAAAACUUUUGCUACUCCUCCUUAUUAAAAAAGAAAAAAAGUUUUCUUACAUUUAAUUUCCUUCCAAUUUGUGUAUCUAUCGCAUGGCUACAAAAUAUUUAUAAUUAUAAAUACUUACUUAAA